GUAUCAAAGUGGUUCUAAUCCUAUAAGACACUACCACAGUACCAUGAAUGCUUUAAGAUUCAAGAGAGGAAUAUGGAAUAGCCAGAGGCAUAAACACGGUGACUGAUGACGUCACUUUCCCCAGAUUCCCCCAAACAAAAAAGUGAUCGGGAGGAGUGUUAAUCCGGCCACCAAAUCAGGUGCCAAAUUGACCGCUUGUUUGUCUUCAUUUUCCCUUUCCAAAUAUACACAUUCAUACAGACACUCUCUCUUCAUGAACUAAAUUCCCUCCCCUGGUUUGAUGUCCCCUCCACCCCGCAAAAAGUCUUUACGCUUGAGGCUGCACCAAUGGCUCUGGCGACUUCGAAAUCUCAGCACACCCUUGCGGCUGCGAGGCAGCCUGGUCCGACUACGCCGAUUCCAUGAAAGCCCUCUUCUCGCUCUGAUACGCCUAUUGAUUCCAUUCCCAAGCUGGAGUUUUCCCGUUCCGGACCCGGUUGCGCCCCUCGACAUUCUCGGUAAUGUGGAGUUAGAAGAAAAUAAACUAGAAUACUUGGACGACCUACGGAGUAUCCCACUAUGGCGUGCGCGAGACACCCCCAUGCGAUCCCUCUACCGAAUGUAUGAAGCGAUGAUAUCCGGCCUGUAUGAGGCGCUCGGUCCCGAAACGGAAUACUUCUGGUAUCAGCGGCACUGGUCGUUACAGGGUAUUCGCGACCCACGGGAUGCGGAUCCGGUGCGGUAUGCCAUUCUAGCGUGUCUGGUGGAAGAACUGGUCGUUGCGUUCAACUGGCGUUUGAGCUUAGGUUUGCGCCGGAACCGCAACCAUAUCAUGCGAGAAACGGGAAAGGAUUUCUUGCCUCCGUAUGCGCCCGUCUCAGGGCCGGUCUGGACAAGCUCGGUGCCAGCAAUUUCCCCUGGAGACCUCAACCGGUUUCCACCAGAAUAUGUUUCCGACGACAGGAAGCUCCUGCUGGAAGCAGAUGGAUUAAACAAGGUCUUUGCUCGUCGAAAUAUCGUCACGAAUGUUGGGUGGCUCUACACCAUUUGAAUCAGCCACGUCUAAUACCUUGAGACAUUGACUACGCAUAUUAGGACUGGUCAUGGGAUAGAAUCUGUCGAUGCCUUACCGUACGUGCCUCC